CGGCCGGCCAGUCCCACGUUUUAUUGUUGACCCCCUCUCGCUCGCGUGUUGCUACAUACACACGAUCCACGACAAUCGCAUCCGGCUGUCAUCAUCGACAGACGUUCAUAACGAGGACAAUACAACCACGUCCGAUUGAUGAUCCCGAAUUGUGCUGUUCUACAACACACUCCUGUCGCGACAUUCCCGGCGACACUUUCGGAGCGCGCCGCUCGGCAUCUUAGUUGCACGACAGCAUCGUCGGCUACAUUGAUAUAUAUCCAUCGCUUUUGCCGCCGAUAAGCCAUCGCCUCGCCGACCCUCGAGCCUUUACGAAAUAUAACGAUAGCAUAAGAGCAGAAAUAUCGCACAAAGAUGUCGCAAGUCAAAUUCGAAGAGCGCCGGGAGACCGUUCGCACCACCAAUGCCGCACCUUCACCGCGCGCUGGUGUCGCUCCUCCUCCGCCCGCUCAAAAGGAAGACCUGGCUCAUGAGAUCGGAAAUGCGCUCACUCAGGGCGCAGGGCCCAAUGGAUAUCUUGCGUGGUACCUCGAGAAACUUCACAAAGACCCGCUUCGCACCAAGAUGGUCACCUCGGGUGCUCUAGCAGGUCUGCAAGAAUUCCUGGCUUCAUGGAUCGCCAAGGACCGAAGCAAGAACGGCCAUUACUUCACCAGCCGCGUGCCUAAGAUGGCCGUGUACGGCGCCUUCGUCAGCGCACCUCUCGGCCAUGUGAUGAUCGCCAUCCUCCAGCGCGUCUUCGCCGGUAGGACUAGCUUGAAGGCCAAGAUUCUCCAGAUUCUGGUUUCCAACUUGGUCAUCUCACCCAUCCAAAACGUCGUCUAUCUCACCUCCAUGGCCAUCAUCGCCGGCGCCCGCACCUUCCACCAAGUCCGCGCCACCGUCAAAGCCGGCUUCAUGCCCGUGAUGAAGGUCUCCUGGGUGGUGUCCCCACUCGCGUUGGCCUUCGCCCAAGCCUUCCUCCCCCACGAGACUUGGGUGCCGUUCUUCAACUUCAUCAGCUUCGUCAUCGGAACGUACGUCAACGCUCACACCAAGAAGAAGCGUCUGCAGGCUCUGCGUCGCAAGUACCAGGAGGGUGGCCGCAGCACCGCGGGAGGCGAUUCGCGAAGCGAGUACGAUGGUGGUCGACGGCCGCAGGGCCCGCCGGGUAGCUACUAGAGCAGAUUAGUGUUGUCUGUUUGCGGCUACGGUGAGAGUCUGGUUUUUCGAUAGUGAUGUUUUGCGUCGCUGUGAUGGAAGCCUUUAUUCAUCACGCAAAGGUCAUUACGAUCGGAACAUUAUUCCCGCGGGAGAUCUUGCGUCAAGACCUACGUGUGCCUCCGCCUGCGAGUAAUGAGAGAGACGGAGGGUGUGAUUCAGUAGGGAGGUUCUAGCGCCUUGAUUCUGUGUAUUUAUGUAUGUGUGAAUAUGACUAUUAUCGCCAAAGAUCAUUUAUCACCUCGCUGUAGUCUUGGCCCUUGAAAAGCGAUGGGUGAUACGGAUAGGCAGCGCCGAUUUGAUUAUGAAUUUACAUAUGCUCUAUUGUAUAAGUUCUAUUCA